ACGCACAGAUUGUGAAUGAACACAACCAGUGUGACGGCUUCAUAAUACUCGAUAGUUCAUCAACGAUGCGGGAAAGUUGGUAACGCCCAUAAGGCAAGCUCAUUAUCCUCACUCAGUAGUCCUCUGACCACCGACACGGACGGACCGUAAAUUCAUCGACUACUCCGCCGGGUCUCUUGCGUCGUUUCCCCGUUCCGUUCUUGCUGUCGUGAGGCGGUAAUUUCUACGGGGUUGUAGGGUAAGGUCGCCCGCUCCAGAGGGUGCCAUAUCGCGGGAUGAUUUAAUCAGCAAACCUGUCGGAAAUCAGACUUGACAUUACGAUGGAACGAUAUGUAUGUAGAGGAACGAUCAUGAUGGAUCUGCGCAGAAUAUUUUUGUCAUUGGUGAUAGUUAUGUACGUCAAUAAUGAGGUGAGUGCACAAGACUGCCAGUUUAGGAAUAAUCUUUGUGAUUGGCAAAACGAGGGAAACAUCGACUGGGUGCAGAAAACAGUCAUCAAUGGUCCCGAUUCGGCUCAUUAUGCCGAGGUUGUAACAGACGCCACGCCCCCUGGCCAACAUACAGCCGUGCUAACCAGCAUGACACAGAAUCAUGUCAUGACAAUGUUGGGAUUCUUCUACCGCUUGGGGGCGCCAAACACGCUGACCGUGGUGGCAAGGCUGGACGGGGGCGAUGUUGAAACAUUGUGGUCCCGUAAUGGGACCGAGGAUAGUGGAAGUUGGAUCGAGGUUGAUUUACCCGUUCCCAAAAGCAGCAGCUUUCAGAUAUCUAUAAAAGCGGUUCUACCCGAUAAUUCCACUUCAUUUGUUGGCUUGACCAAUAUCACCCUACGCGUUGGCGAUGAUGAAUGUGCGGCCAUGCCAUGCCUAAAUGGCGGCUUUUGCAUUGAUGGAAACCGUUCGUUUACCUGUGUGUGCAGUUCCGGGUUCAAAGGCGAACUUUGUCAGAUUGACACGAACGCACCACCAAGAACAACAGCGUUACCAACAACUCAUACAAGUUCAACUCGCCUGUCCACCAUCUUAACAACUCUGUUGUCCACUACGCAGCCUACCAAAUUCCAAAAGACAACAGUGAUAAAAAUGUCGCCCUCUGUUGACACCACUGUGAAAUAUGACACUCCCACCACCCCGUUAAGUCUACCAGUGAAAUCUGAAAAGCAAAGGAAGGGCAUGGACGAACCUGUAAUGAUUGUCAUCAUUGCUGUAGCAGCUAUCGUUGGUAUCGCUAUUCUCGUCACCAUUGUGUGGAUGAUGGCUUAUGUCAAAAAGCGCUCGUGGAGGCCUAACUAUCACGAGAGGGGGGUGUCCAUGGAGAACGUUAACAACACAGCUUCUGUAAACGGAAAAUGGACAAGCACGGUGGAUCUACCGGGGUCGAUACCGGAGUCCAAACACGCACUCACACCCGUCGCUGAGGACGCCAUUCCUCCUAAAGUUGAGAACAUUUAUGUGGUGUCGCCUACAGGUGUUAAUCCCAUUGGAAUUGUUAAUCCUGGAUACAAUAUUGAACAUAUGUAUUGAGAAGUGCCAAUGGGAAGUUGAACCUUACUGUUGAAAACUUGCUAAAUGCAAGAGCGCCCUCAAACGAUUACAAAUUGUGCUAAGCUUUUUUUCCACCAAAGCAUCUUACAAUCUCCAGUAUGGGGACUUAUGCAGCGAUGCAAGUUACUUUGCCCUAGCCGUCCAAAAUGGCCUCACUGAUGCACACGGAGUCACGACUAUAUCAUCAUGUAGUGGAUGAACGAAGAACUGACUCACAAUUUGAUUUAGUUGCAGCACUGUCUGAAAGUGUUUAAAAGACAAUUGACACUAUUGGUAAUUAUCAAAGACCAGUCUUUCACUUGGUGUAUCUCAACAUUAUGCAUGAAAUAAAAAC